UGUAAGUAAUGUUGCCUACAAUCAUUAUUUUUGUUGAUAUUGCUAUAACCUAAAAGCGGAACGCUGGAAUUAUUUUCGAAUGGCAAUGAUUGUCUCCGGUGUACGAAGGUUACUAUGGAAUCGAGUGAACCAGCAUCAGUGCAGGUGCAGUUUUCAAAUUGCAAAUAGGAUUUUCAGUGAGAGACAGGUGACCAAAGAUGAUGGAUCAACAACAACUGUUGAACUUGGGGGACUGAGCAGGAAAUAUCAAGUAUUCAAAGACGAAGAUUCUGAGAUCAUUAUGGAUGUGAAUGAGGAGAGAUUGAAGUAUUUAGAAUUGCUGGAAAAUGAAGUUGACCAAAUGCUGAAUCCCUAUGAAGGAUUAAACUUGGCUCGUGGCAUUAGUGGAGUUUAUGACAUAGAGGAUUUAGUCUCUAUAUUGAAAAAGGAGAAUGGUCUGAACAUUUUUGUUGCUGCUGUCCCAAAGAACAUCAACUAUGUAAACUAUAUUUGCCUGGUCAAUGCAAAGUCAUAUCGACAUAUGCUUGCAAUGUCCCAGUUUGUGAGGAAGGUGUACAAAUUAAAAAUGGGUAGAAACGAUACAGUGCCAAAGCUAGAGGGACAGGAGUCCAGAGACUGGAUGGCUCUGGAUAUGGGAAAUAUUGCAUUGCAUGUGUUUUCUAAGGAGGCUCGCGCGAAAUACGAUUUGGACUCGUUGUGGGCUGUAGGAUCGAGGUACGAUGACGAAUGCAAUCAAGAGGACCCAAUCGCGGAACUGCUCGAAAGACACUCCAUCUAUUUGCACGACAUGAAACCAGCCCCGUGAUUAUUUUUUAGCUUUAUUUAGUGAAAAACAUUUAAAUAUUUAUAAAAAUACGAAACUUUCCUUCUUUACUUUGUUCUU